AUGUUUAAGUCGUCCUUCACUUCCUUAGCGCUUGAUGUACAUGAUACAAUUAAUGACCGGUUUACCAAAUUUGAGGAGAAGCUCCUCGCAUCUCAGAAUCGAGGUCUUUCACAUGGUCCUACUCCUACUGCUCCUGUUGGUGCUACGGCUUCAACUCACACUGUAACUGAUGAUCCGGCUGCCACUUUCACUACUCCUGGUCCAGCUCCGGCUUCGACUCCUGCUCCAGCUCCGGCUUCGACUCCUGCUCCUUCUCGCAGCAGAGCUCCUGUUUCUUCACGCACUGGAGGUCAUCCUGAAACUGGUGGUCCUGCAAAUGCUGCCAAGAAAAGCUCGAAGUCAAAGGUAACCAAGUGA